AUGUCAGAUUUGGCGGCGGGUAUGGAGAAUAUUCGCGAGGCCCUCCAAACUUUGAUGCGACGUGACCAGACAAACCGUGACGGGCCCGAUCAUCGGGACGGCGGUCGAAGUGGGCAGCGUGGUGGCCGUGGGGGUCGCAGUCACGCGCGAUUGGUGGUGGCCGACUCACCGGCAACGGGCAGUCACAGCACCUCGACUGGGACGGUCGGCUUUUCAACGGCUGGGGCAUCGACCAACACGGCGUCGGAAUUGGCUCAGCUUCGGCUAGGGUGGAGGGGUCGCGCGCUGGAGGUGGGCCCUGAUGUUUUUCCUGUGGUGAGGCCGGCCACCGUCAGUCCGCCUGUCCCCGCCGCAACGGCUCUCGGGCUCUACUGGCAGAUGACUUUGACGGCUCGGCAG